AUGAAUUAAAGAAAGGGUCCGAAGUUUUUAAUAAGUCUAUUUGAAAUACUUGAAGUAGUUAAUUUAAUGAGACAAAGGGUGAAGAAAACAUCAAUGUUAUUAGAUGGAACAAUGAAGGUGAUGCCUUUGAAAUUGUAAAUGUGGAUUUAUUAGUUAAAUCAAUUUUGAGUGUACAUUACAAAUAAUCAAACUUCUUUAGCUUUGUUAGGUAUUAAGUAUCCUAAAAACAUUAAUAGAUAAUUAAAUCAAUAUGGGUUUAAUAAAUAAAAGAUUGAUAAGAAUUCUUAUUCAUUUAGACAUAAAUAUUUUCUAAAAAAUAAAAAGUAAAAGUUGUUAAAUACUAUUUAUUAGAGAAUUGAUAGCUAAAAUUGUAAGUUCUCAUAAAUAAAAGGUUAUGGAAUACUAAAGGGAAUAAAGAGAAAAUCUAUUUAAUGAUAAUGAAUAAAAUGUUUAAACUAAAACAAUAUAGGAAUUAUAAUAAAAUUAACAUAAGAUCUUUGCUUAAUUUAAGGAAUAAAUGAAUACUUAAAUGUAAAUAAAAUAAAUGAUCAUCUAUUUGAAAAAUGUAUAAAAUUAAUAUUUUAUAAGAAAAUUGCUGAAUUCAAUAUUUAAAUUGAAUAAUAAUGUUUCAUAGCUUAGACAUUAUUGAUUAAGGUUAUAAAGACAAUACCAAAUGAUGAAUAAUAUUAAUUUGAAACUGAAUUAUUAAAAAAAGUACUUUAAGAAUUCUCAAAUAUUUAUUUGGAAUAUUAUGGUUAUAAUUAAAGUCAAAGAAGUCCUAAUUUAUCCAUAUUAUAACUAACUCCAGCUCCUUUUCAAAUGAAUGAAUAAUAAAGAAGAAGUUUAGGUUUAGUUGAUACAAAUAAAGUCCAUAUAAAUGAAUAAAUAUAGUAAUAUUUAAAAUGGGUAAAAGAAUCAUAUGAAAAUGCAAUAAUAAGAAAUGCUAUUUGA